UUGAUGGUGAAACAAACGAUUUAUCAUUUCAACAAAUAAUGAAAAUACUUUAUAAUUGGUUCCAUAACGAUGAUGAUAUAAUCGAAACGGAAAAGUUGAAAACAAUUUUACGGAAUAUAAUCAAAUUAUUGCUUGUGGUUCAUGUUACUGAUUCACAAAUAUUACUUAAUUAUUCAAUGAUUUCUGGUUUGCGUAUUAUUCGAAAAUUAAUGUCCAUACCAUUUGUCAAUGAAUUUGAUCAUUCAAAACGUUUUGCAUAUCGAUCAUUGGCUAUUGUUUAUCUAUUUAUGGCUAUAAUUGUUAGUGCUGGAUAUAUUGUAUUCAAUAAAGAAAAUUUUGACAAAAUUCUGGAUCCACAAAUUUCAGCAUAUACUAGAACUAUUAAAAUCAUUCAAAUGUUUGGAAUGGUGUCCGGAUUCUCAUUCAAACUCAUAACACCAUUAUUGUUUAUCUAUACAAUGAUGUUGUUCCGAUUUUGUAUUCAACGAUUAAUCAACACUUAUGCAAUGGUGGACAAUUUGGACGAAGUAAAAAUGAUUCAAUUACGUACACAAUUAUCCGAUUUGAAUGAUCAAUUCAAAGAAAUUAUACCUUGUUUCUCGUUUCCAUUGACCGGAUUGUUUGCUACAAGUAUAUUCAUCAUUAUAAGUUCAUCCUGUUUUUUGAUGAUCAAUAAUUCAUCAAGAGGCAAUUAUUAUAUUGCAUUCGUAUUCAAUAUAGGUUUACUUGCAUUCAUGCGUUUAAUUGUUGUUGCUAGUUUUGGUAAUCUACCAAGCAAUUGUUGUCGUGAUCUAGUACGUAUUGUUUAUGAAAAUCUACAACAAUGGCAACUAAAUGAAUGGAUGUGUUUUAUGGAACUAAAACGGCUACAAAAAGAAUUUGUUGUCAACAUAUCAUCAAUGUAUACUGUACGACAAUCAUCAAUAUUGUCAAUGUUAGGUUUUGCAUUAAAUUAUAUUGUCAUAUUAUUACAGACGGAAAAUUUUUCUUCCACUAAUUCAUCUUCUUAUUCAUCCAUCAUUUCAUCAUAUUCCAAACAAAAUGAUACUAAUUUUAAUAACGAUAAUGAUGAUGAUGAUACAUUAUUGAUGAAUUUCAAUAAUAAUACACAAUAGUAGAAACAAAUCAAACAACAAUUUUCAUUGACAUGACUUGACUAUGACAGUUUCUUUUUAUCCACAUCAAACACUCCGGAUAUUAUUGAAUAAACACUAAUUUUGUUAUAUUAA